GCAGCUAUGGAUACGGUUUUUUUCUGUUUCCACGCGUACUUUUUAUCCACAAUAAAGUACCUCACUUCCGGUUUUGUUAGAGAGGGUGGAAGCCUUCAAGUCUGAGCACAUACACGGCGUUUAAGCGUGAGUUUAUCUCUGACACACGGGCAACACAUCGUGACCUGUGAUUGGCCCAGCCUGUGUCGCCAAUGGCAACAGACCCUCCCCCUCAACUGUGGUGAAAUGAACUAGUGGGAGCUGGAUAUACUCUGACCACACACACACACACACACGUAUGCACUUCCCACUUUUUUGUCUCCUACUUGUCAUUGUCUUGUAGGUUUGUUUCAGGCGUUCACGCCGGAGCAGGAAGUGAUGUUAUAGACCACAUGCCUGCACUCUUGCAUGUGUCACAUUUGUAUGUGACCUGAUAAUCAGAAUAACUCAGUGUGUGGUUUAUCUGCAGCAGUGCCUUGUCAUCAGCGUUCUCCUCCACACUUGUACCUCCACCACCAUGUUUUAGUUUCUGUAAAAGAAAGGCUCUAAUGGCCGCUCUGUGGGUCGUCUCCGUCGUCCGGCUGCAGCUCCGUAGUCAGAUAUGAGACCUCCAUAGGCUGAGGUCACCUCUGGCUUCUGUUUUAGUUCUGAACCCCACUCUGAGUGACCCGGACUCACCAUGCCCACUCUGAACUCGAAGUGGCGUUAUUUGUUCAUGCUGCUUGGCGUGCAGCUCAUCGUCAUGGCCCUCCUGUCCAGAGAGGCUUACCAGAAGAGAGUGAGUUACUUUUUCCGAAUCUUCCGCAAACUGGACUUCCAGAGCGGUAUGGCCGGGUCGGGGGCGGCUCACGGGACCAACCGCACCGGCGCUGAUGUCUACGCUAACCUGUCCCAGCUGGUGCAACCGCCCAACAAAGAGGACAUGCACUACUGCCCAGUAAAAUCACCACUGCUCAGUGGGCCGAUCCACGUCAGCUUCCCCUCAGGACUCACACUCUCUCAGGUGGAGAGAAAGAAUCCACUGGUGGUGCGCGGGGGACGCUACAGACCACCGGACUGCGAGGCCCGGCAUCGCACCGCUAUAGUCAUUCCUCACAGGAACAGAGAACAACACCUGAAGUACCUCCUGUAUUACCUACACCCCUUCCUACAGAGACAACAGCUGAGCUAUGGCAUCUACGUCAUCCACCAGGCCGGUGAUUACACGUUUAACCGGGCGAAGCUGAUGAACAUCGGCUUCCGGGAGGCGAUGAGGGAGGAGGAAUGGGACUGUCUGUUCUUCCAUGACGUUGAUCUGAUUCCUGAGGAUGACCGCAACACGUACAUCUGCGACAAAAACCCCAAACACGCCGCCAUCGCCAUGGACAAGUUCGGCUACAAACUGCCCUAUAAGGGCUAUUUUGGUGGCGUCUCAGCAUUAAGUCCUCUACACUACCUGAAGAUGAACGGCUUCCCCAACAACUACUGGGGCUGGGGGGGUGAGGACGACGACAUAGGCAUCCGUGUGUCUCUGGCCGGGAUGUCCAUCAGCCGUCCAUCUCUGAGGAUCGGCCGCUACAAGAUGAUCAAGCACAAACUGGACGAGGGCAAUGAGGUCAACCCUAAAAGGUUCAGUUUGUUGGCGAAGACGCAGCAGACGUGGAAGCUGGAUGGGAUGAACUCUGUGGAGUAUGAGCUGGUGUCUCGGGAAUACCUGCCUCUCUACACCAACAUCACCGUCAACAUUGGCACCAUGCAUGGCCUGCAACCUCCAACCUCAAAACCCGAGCCCAAAGAACGUGCAGAGAACCGACCUGGACGCUGACACACACCUGCUGACUUCAGACAUACACACACACAAAUAAUACAGGGUUGACGUCUGAAUGGAGUGUGUAGUUUGGGGGCAGAGCCUCUGUAGUGCAUAUAUCAGGUUAAAAGCUCUAGUGCUCUUUCUGACAGGGGUCUGUCUCUCCCCGGGUCUGUCUCUCCCCGGGUCUGUCUCUCCCCGGGUCUGUCUCUCCCCCUGUCUGUCUCUCCCCCUGUCUGUCUCUCCCCCUGUCUGUCUGUCUCAGAGACCCUUUCUCUUCUCCCGCUCUCCCAUAUUGUCUGUCUUUCUUGUUACGCACAAACGCAGAGACAGUCCUACACACUCCUCUGCACAUGCUCGUGUGUGUGUGUGUGUGUGUGUCUAAGGGAGAUCGCACCGUUGUUGCCUUAAACACAAAUCUGCACUCCUGUCUGUCUGUCUGUCUCUCUGUCUGUCUCUCUCUCUUUCUCCCCAUUCAUGGAUUUUUAUGGAUUUUUAAUUACUGCUUGAGGAACUUCCUGGUAUCAAAACACCAGCGCCGAGGCCCAGAGGAUCAUGGGUAACGGCUCACAGUACCAGCUGAUGGAAAAGACUCCGGUUGUCUGGUGAAGUGGGCGGAGUCUGACUUUACUUCACACUCUGCGUACUGUAAACUGAAGAACUGUUUUUUUAAAACAUAAACACAAUCAGAAACUUUUAGAACAUCAUCCGCUGCUCUACAUAUCCUUACAGCAUCCUGUCUCUCUGUCCGUCUCUAGCUGACUCUCUGUCUGUCCGUCUGUCUCUACUCACCACCUUUGACCAUGAUGGCCUUUGUGGAGGAUUUGCGGUGAGAAUUUGUCAUUUUGUUCGUCGCAAAACAACUCAGAUCCGUAAUCUAGUGGGUUUUGUGGAUGUAAAAGUAUCACAGUACUGUGAAUUAUUUAUAGUAAUGUACAGCUUUGUAGUUAACUGCUAGUGCUAGCUGUAAAUUGCUAAAGCACAUGUUGCGAGGUCUUAAAGGGGCGGGGCAGGAAAUCAUACAGUGCGUAAAUGGCGUCACAUGAGCUUCAGUCGGCUUUUUUUUGCUAAUAAAGUGGGGAUAACUCCUAGUUAAAGCUGUAACAUCAGGCUGAUUUGGAUAUGUUAGAGCAACAGGAACAGUGGGCUAUAACUAGCUGGUUAGAAUUAUAACGAGCGCUCGUCACUGGGGUACACAAAGAGGAACUAGUUAGCAGGGUAGUUACUCGACUAUGCUCACGCUAUGAUGACCCUCGAGUUUGAGCACCGCUGCAAACUCGACUGUCCAGGUCAAAUACGAGAUGAAGGUGUAAAUAAUGUUUGUAAACGUUACAACUUUUUCUAGUUACAGAAUUCUGAAUCAGAUACAGAGCUGUGAUCCAAGAACUGAUGGCUUGCCCCAGGGGCGUGUCUGAAUGUGCACGGGGCAGCUGUUGUGUGAUUUUAGCUUUUUUUUGGUCUUUUGGCUGUUUUUAGGGAUUAGAGAUUAGGGUGUAGGGGUUAGGGCUUAGGGAAAGUCAUUAGGACUGAUCAUAAUCCCUGCAGUGCCACAAGUUUAGUGUAAUGUUUUUUUUCGUUUGUUUGUUUGUUCUCAAAUGAAAGUAAGCAUGGAGUCUCCUUGCUGGUGAAAAUGGCUGCUUUGAAAUGUAAAGGUCAGCUUCAGGACUUUUUACCCGUCUGUAAUGGCCCUCACGAUGUAAUGGAUAUCGUCCCGUGUCCCGGUCAGGAGAGUUCUCACCCUGAAGUGAAGAUUCCCGCUGAUGUUUUUUUAAUGAAACUGUAAUAAUCUGGUUGGUGAACAGAAUCCUCACUUCCACAUCUUCAUCUCCGACACUUCAAAGAACGCCUCAGGAACGUAAACCCAAGCUAACACUAAAAUAAACUAACGCUCACUAUCGCGGCCGAUUCCUCCUGAGACGCAGUGACCACGUCUGGUGUAUUUCCACCGGAGCGGUGAUGAGACGUCCGAUCGGAUGGUUAGAGCGUCCGGUCAUCGGCACUUUCCACCUUAUUUGUACAAUGUUAAUAUCUGCUUUUUAUCUGAUUGUAAAUCUGAUUUCUCGUGUUUUUUUUCUUUACGAUGCCUCACAGUAGUGCGUGGUGGUGGUUUUUUUUUUUUGUGUGUGUUUUUACUCUAAAAAGCUUGUGACCACUAGAUGAAGGUGAAGCUGGACAACUGAAACACACUGAACUCGGAGAACACGAAACGUCCAGACGCUGUUUUUAGCGCCGGCGCUAAGGUGCAGGGCCGAGGGCGUCGUAGGCACCGCUGCUAGCGUUAGCAUCAUGUGCUCUGUUUGGUACUUCAGGUGUCUUUCUACAUAUCAAGGGCUGAACGAUUGAUUGCGGUUUUUUUCCUCCAGACUUUAAAUAUUAAACUUCCUCCAGCCUUUAAGUGCUUUAAGUUCUCCAGAUGAACAUUAAGGACGAGCUUGUUAGCGUGAAAUUACUUAGUUUCUCUUCUUCAGCAUCAGCGCACAGUACCGACGUUAAAGCCCGGGCUAAGCUCUGUUAGCACUAGCGUUAGCCAAGCGACUGAUUUUGAAAUUAAACGUUGAAGCAUUUCACUGUUGAGCUGAAGAAGUGACCCCGGUCAGUGAAGUCAUCAAGCCGUUAAAGAUCAGGUUAAACUUUAGCUCCGCCCUUGUUGACCCUAAUCAUCACGUUUACUAUGGAGACAGUUUGCUCUCGAACAGCACCGGUCUGUGUCCAUCUGUCCUUCCACGUCACAAUAACAAACUUUGUCACUCUGUAGAUUAGUGUGAUGAUGGACACAGGCCUGGUGUGUGCACAGAGCUCCAGUCUGAUGGAGUGUUUUAUCUGAACGUGCCUACAUUUAAUUGUGUGACUGUGUGUUUUGGUGGUAGAGGAAGAUUGUGAUUAUUUUUGUAAUAAAUUCUGCACAUCUACAUAGUGGCCUUAUAAUAAAGAUUAAUAAAGUAAAUGUUUAUCAGA